AAUGAUGAAUGUUAACGGAAUUUUUUACCUAUAACGAAUCACCAAAAGGCCAUAUUUUAAACAUGGUUUUCCUGAAGAUGCUUUUCGUGAACAACGGUCCUAACGGGGGAUUCCAUUCAUGCUUUUGAAAAGUUUGGUCCAUUCACAGAAGUAGUGACCACUAACCUGAAGCUAAAGAAUCCCUCGGACAAAAGAGUAUGCUUCAAAGUGAAGACGACAGCACCUCGUCGGUAUUGUGUGCGGCCCAACAGUGGCAUGAUUGAGUCUGGUGGAACCGUCACGGUCUCUGUGAUGCUGCAGCCUUUUGAGUACGACCCCAAUGAAAAGAGUAAACACAAGUUCAUGGUGCAGACAGUCUUUGCGCCCUCCACUGCUACUGACAUGGAUGCAGUGUGGAGAGACGCAAAGCCAGAUGAUCUCAUGGACUCCAAGCUGAGAUGUGUGUUUGAGCUGCCAUCUGAAAAUGGUAAAAUGAAUGACGUCGAUGCAAGCAAAGCUGCCCCCACCCUGGACUCUAGAGCUGACUGCACGUCAGCCCCCAAGCCUGGCAGCAUGUCUCUAGAUGACUCCGAGAUGAAGAAACUGAUGGAUGAAUGCAAGAGGCUGCAGUAUGACGUGGGCAAGCUGUCAGACGAGAACCGCCAACUGAAGGACGAGGGCCUGAGGAUGAGGAAGACCCACAGACCGGACAACAUGGUCUCCAGCUCGGCCGCCACGAUGAGCAAACUGCAAUCUUCCAGCUCCCUCCCCUCGCUACUUGUUGUCAUAGCAGCCAUCUUCAUUGGAUUCUUCCUAGGGAAGUUUGUCUUGUAGGGGUGGCAUUUGAGAAGGAGAGCAGGCAUGGGUUCUUUAUCCAUCUCCAAGGGCCUGGAGGUUGAAGUAUGUAUUAUCGUUGGCUGCCAUUACCGGUGGUGGCACAACUCACGACAUACGUACAUAUGUUCUGUGUACAGAAUCAUAAACGGGCCUUGCCUUUCACAAUCUCACAUGGUUUAGUACACAUAUGGAAAAACAGAGGAAUGAGCUUUCUGCUUUUGGGUGAGUUUUUGGGGGGAGGGGGUUAGUGAAAAUGACAGUUGUACAUUUAUCAGAACAUCGAUGGAAGGCGAGUCGGGUACUGGGUUGAAGACUUUUGAUUUAAAAUCGGAAGCAAAAUAAAAAUGAGUUGUCUCUUUCUCUCUGUGGUUUUAAUCAGACUUGGAAUGUUCAGUGUACUGUACGUUAUUUUAAUCCUUUUAAGAAAAUGGGAUGAAAAAAAACACUUUGCUACAUGUUGCAGGAUGGCUGCUGAAAUGUCCACGGAAUUCUUAAAUCUUAGAUUUUUGAGGAACGUGAAUUGAUUGUCUGUUGGGAAUAUAGUGUCCGCCUUCCAAGGACAUGUCUUUCUCCUGAUCCCUACUGCCAGACAACAGAGUUAUUACAAAAUAUUAUUAUAUGAAUUCUUUCUAGUUUUUUUCUUUACACAAAUGAUAUAUCCCUUGUGAGGCAAAUGUUGACUGAAAAGAGAUGUUCUUGCAGUCUUGUCCCAUGGUAUUAAACAUUGCUGAAAAUAUAAAAUAUGUUUAACAUUC